AGAAAAUCUGUGCCGUGUGCGGCGACCGAGCCACCGGCUACCACUUCCAUGUCAUGACCUGUGAGGGCUGCAAGGGCUUCUUCAGAUACAUGCGCUCUGCUGGGGAAGGGCUGCGGGGGUCACUGGUAACACUGUCUUUGGAGAGGAAGCCUGAUGCGGGUGCUGCCUUGCUGGGGAUUUCACAUUGUAAGGCAGGGGGCUGCCGUCUUAAAGCGCUGCUCAGGACGGAGUGAGCCGGGUCUCGGCCCACGUGAGGUGAUGGGCUGGGAGCUGGAAGCCUCAAGAAGGUGCCCUCGAGGGGCCACAAAGGGGGAAUACAGAAGGUCGAUCAGCAAGAGCGUGUGCUUCACCUGCCCCUUCUCCCGCAACUGUACCAUCACCAAAGCCAAGCGCCGGCAGUGCCAAGCCUGCCGCCUCCAGAAGUGCCUGGCCGUGGGCAUGAGGAAGGACAUGAUCAUGUCAGAGGAGGCUCUGCAGAUGCGCCGGGUCCUGCGGAAGCAGAGGAAGCAGGAGCGGGAGCCGGCGGGGGAGCCGGCAGAGCUGACAGAGGAGCAGGAGCAGCUCAUCAGCAUCCUCAUCGAGGCCCACAAGAGGCACUUCGACUCCGGCUUCUCCCAGUUCGUGCAUUGCCGGCCCCCGGUGCGAUUGUACAUCCACAGCCUGAGCCCUCAGAGCCCCCAGGAGCCCAGGGUUCCCCAUGUCCUGCAGGGGCUCUCCCAGCCUGAGGAGGGCGGCCCUCUGGCCCCCUUGCAGAGCCUGCCAGGGGACAUGCUGCCUGAUGUCUUCUCCAUGCUGCCCCACUUCGCUGACCUCAGCACGGUCCUCAUCCAGCAAGUGAUCAAAUUCGCCAAGGAGAUCCCAGCCUUCAGGAGUUUGCCGAUCGAUGACCAGAUCUCGCUUCUCAAAGGCGCCACUUUGGAGAUCUGCCAGAUCCAGUUCAACACAGUCUUCAACGAGGAGACCAAGGCCUGGGAGUGCGGCCAGCACUGCUACACCAUCCAAGACGGCGCCCUGGCCGGGUUCCAGCAGAUCUACCUGGAGCCGCUGCUCAAGUUCCACAUCAGUCUGAGGAAACUGAGGCUGCACGAAGCUGAAUAUGUCCUGCUGCUGGCCAUCGCCCUGUUCUCACCUGACCACCCUGGCAUCACCCAGCGCCACACGGUCGACCAGCUGCAGGAGAAGAUGGCCCUGACGCUGAAGAGCUACAUUGACCAACGGCACCCGCUGCCCGAAGGCAGGCUCCUCUACGCAAAACUGCUCUUGCUGCUGACCGAGCUGCGGACGCUCAAGGUGGAGAACACACGGCAGAUCCUGCACAUCCAGGACCUGACCGCCAUGACGCCGCUGCUCUCCGAGAUCAUCAGCUAGAGCCCGGAGUCAGGACCUGCUGGCUGCCCCCCUGGCUGGGGCCAGGAUCCCCCUGGACCAGGGGCCCCCUCGCUGGGGUGGGUACCCUACUGGACAGGGCCUCCCUUCACUGGGGCUGGGACCCCACUGGACCAGGGUCCCCCUCACCGGGGCCAGGACCCCACUGGACCGGGUCCCCCCUGUCACUGGGGCUAGGACCUCACUGGACCAGGGUCCCACCUUGCUGGGGCCAGGACCCUACUGGACUGGGAACCUUCCCCCCAGCUACUUUCCAGGCCCGUCUGCUGCCCCCCAGGAGCUCCAGGACUCCUCGGCUGAGCCCUGCUGCCGGACCCAGCUGCCCGAGCCUGUUGCUCCUGGCUCGUUGCUCCUCUCCCCUCCACUCAGCGACUCCAACCCGCUCUCAGCUCCGGGGGCCUGGGCCGGCUGUGGCUCUGAGGAAUCAAAGCCGACCCCUUGGCUCAGCUGCGCCCCUGCCCAGGGACACGGCUGAAACGGGCCAGAACCAGCCUGCGUCUGGACCAGAUACGAGCCUGACGUGUGAGCCCAGGCAGGCCCAGAUGCUGGAUGCUGCAGCCAGGCAGGGGUGGGGCUGGGCAUGUGGCCAUUCGGUUCCACCUGCGGCCUCGGGGGCUCUAGCCCAUCUGCCCAGCGUCACCUUGGGCCAGCGGCUGCACCAGAGCCUAGCCAGGCCCAGCGCUGCGAGCAGGAGCACUGGGUAUGGCUGAGAGUGAGACACCAGGUGGGAAGGGGAGUCACACCCACGAGUGGGGCAGGCCCUGUGAUUCUCCAGGGCCUGCUCUGGGCCCAGCAGGCAGCAUGGGGCUGCCCACUGCCGCUCACAUGCCUGGAGCAGCACCCAGCCCAGGAUGUGCCAGCACCUGCAGCCAGCCUGGCAAGAGAGCCUGGCACAAGGCCUGCAUCCCCCAGCCCUGUGUGGGGCCUGCCCCCCGGUCCAGAGCCUGUGCCUUGGCACUGCCCCACCCCAGCACUGCCUCCCGCCCCAUACAGAGCCUACCUCCCUUCGUACAGGGCCUGGCCCUCAGCCCUGCCCCAUUCCACAGGGAAUGCCCCCCUCAGUCCUGCCCCCCCAAUUCAGGGCCUGCCCCUUGACCCUGCCCCACCCUAGCACAGGAUCGGCGCCCUCCCAGCCCGCUGGCCACACAGGAUUGACC